ACUUUGUCAACUGUAUAAAAGCGUAAAGAUGUGAAAUAAUUGAUAUCAGUCUUGAAAUAGCGUUUAUCAGCGUUUGACCUAGUGCUUUAGUGGCAGCCUCUCCAAGAACAAGCGAAUCCUCAAAAUCUGAAUCACAAUGUUUAAACUGUUCGUCUUCGCAUGCCUGGUAGUGCUUGCCACCGCCCAGAACCCGGACGCCGAAGCACAGAUCCUCGCACAGGAAUCCGUAAUCAAUCCGGAUGGUUCCUACCAGUACAAGUACGAAACUAGCAAUGGAAUUUCCGCCCAGGAAAGUGGAAUCGGCGGACAGUCGGCCAGUGGUAGCUAUUCCUUUACUGGUCAAGAUGGCGUCCAGUACAGCGUCACCUACACUGCCGAUGAGAACGGUUUCCAGCCCCAGGGUGCUCAUCUGCCGGUGGACGUUCCCGCACCGGAACACGUGCUCCGAUCGCUGGAGCUGAUCCGUGCCAACCCGCCACGAGAUGAUCCCAACUUCAGCAUAGAUGCCUUGAACGCUGCCAUCGCUCGGUUGAGCGGUAAGAAGUAAAGUCCGGUGCCCGCACAAACUUCCUCUGGCCAGCGAACAAAAAACCUGCACAAUACUCCCGAACGAUGAGGCGAAUGCUUCGUACAGCAACAACACGAGAUCCCCGUAGCCCGAGCGAUUGUAAAUAAAAUUAAAAAACUGUUAUUUGAGUAACUGCCAGUUUUAAAUUCUACAUAGUCUUAACGCUGACCCUAGCGGAGCGGAGCAGUGACCUGUGGUGAGCAUAUUGUAGACAACAUGCCCUAAGUACUUUUAUUCGUAAAGUAGUGUGUCAUCGUCGUCGUCUUUAGUUGUUAAUAAAAACGAAACCAUCUGUGUUUUGUAGUCGAAUAUAAA